AUGCAGGAGAUUCUUGAAUACGCUAAGGAGAAGGGGCUCAUGAGCGAUGAGGUCGGAUUCCCUGUCAAGUAUUACGCGGCUCCGAAGAUUAAGUGGAAGUUCUUUGCCAGGUCGACUGAGAACCCGGUGCAUGUUGCGGCAGGUAUGGGGAAUAUUCGGGCGCUUGAGCUCCUAGAGGAGUACGGAUUCGACCUGACAGCGCUCGACAAAGUGCAGCGAGUGGUGAUCUCGACUGGCGGACUGUUUUGGCACUUCAUCCAGCUCAUCGUCAAGCGCCCCGAAGGCUCCGACGCCGAGACGGCCGAUUCCAUCUUCCACACGACCCUCUUGACGCCGCUGCACUGCGCGGUGGCGACGGGGCAGUUGAUAACUGUUCGCUGGUUACUUGAGCGAGGCGUGCCGCCGGGGACAUUGGCACAGGCAUCAUACAGGUCCAACCGCAUCCCGCCUCUUUUCCUUGCCGAACACGCGGAGAUUGCACGCGAGCUGCUGCUGCAUGGCGCUGACCCGCUCGUGAUCCCUGAUCCUGGAUUCAUGAACACCAUGACGCCGCUGCAACUCGCGUAUGUCAGAGGAAAUUUCGCUGUAGCGCAGGAGCUCGAAGACUGGGGGAGUGACGUCGCCCUCACGCCGUUCCAUUUGGCAGCAGCUCGCAACAACGUCAAGGCGGUACGCAAGUUCAUCGCGCGCAAGACGGACGUGGAUUGUUUGGGUGAAAUGGGCUACAUCGGGCUCAAUAGACGUACGCCGCUGCAUUGGGCUGCCAUCAGUGGGUCCAAGGAGGCGGUGGACGCGUUGCUGAAAGGAAGAGCCGACCCCAACUUCCAGGACGUUCGAGGUCGUUCCCCACUACAUUGGGCGGCAAAGCUCAACAAGCUGGAGGUGGUUCGCGCUCUGCUCGCUGCCAACGCAGACCCCAAUCUGGUGGAUGGCGAGUUCAUGACGCCGCUCAUGUGCGCUGCGUCGGCAUUGGAUGCGUCUCCCGAGUUAUUCAGCGAGCUCACGGCUGCGGGAGGCGACAUCCGAUACCAACUACCCACUACAGGCGACACGGCGCUGCAUCUAGCCGUCCGACAAGAGAACGAGGCGUCAGCACUGGCCGCUCUAGCGAGUGGCGGAGACCUCAUGCGCAUGAACCACGAGGGUCUUCGUCCGCUGGACUGCACGGCCUCCACCCGGUUGCUCUUCGAGCUCAAGCGUGCAGCUGGUCAGCGGGACGUCAUGAUCAGCUACACGCACUCGCACCUCGAGUUUGCGCGCAAGCUGCGCCAGACGCUCGAGGAGGCCAAUGUGACGACGUGGCUGGACCUGAUGGACCCGAGCGGGAUCGGUGGAGGCGCCGUGUGGCGAGAGGAGAUCGCGCGAGGUAUCACGAACGCGUCGGUGGUGCUCUGUAUCCUGACGGAGGACUACGCGUCGUCCGACUGGUGUCUGAAGGAGCUGGCGCUGGCCAAGCAGGUGGGGACGCCCAUCCUGGCCGUGUCGACGGAGGGCACCAUCGUGGACGAGAAUCUGCAGGUGUAUCUGUACACUCGCCAGAUUAUCCCAUUCGAGCCGGCCAUCGUGGGUCUCCGCCGCGAUGAAGGUCGCAUUGAGUACGAGUACGACGAGAGCAGGUAUCGGUCUCAGUUCCACCUGCUCCUGGACGGCGUCCGUGACGAGGUGGAGAAGCACCGCUAUUUCACUCGGCAGAAGAACGUCGCCAGCAGUCUCAAACCCGGCCUAGCUGCUGAAGAUGGAGCUGGAGUGCGGAGCAACCGAGGGACAAUGAUGCAAACAUUCAGCGGGACGCAGCUCUCGCAGGCGACGGAUUCUAGCUCUUCUCGGCCGGCUGACUGGCAGGAGCGCCGGUUUGUCUUCAUCUCACACGGAGACAAGCACGUGGGGUUCGUUCGCCACCUUUCGUCGCAGCUCUCGGAGGCAGGAAUCGUGUGCUACAGCGACCAAAACAUCAGCGGGCAGGACUUCUACACGCGCAUCCAAGUCGCACAAGAAACGAUUCUCCGCUGCUCGUGCUUCGUGGUGCUGGUGUCGAGACAGACCAUGGGCAAUGAGCUGGUGCGGGACCAGCUAGCCGAUACACUUUGGUGCGUAGCGAGUUGUUCCACUUCAUGGCGAACGGGAUGA